UUUUCAAACCACUCAACAGUCCGUUCUGAUAAUUGGCCGAGUGUUCUUUUCUUUUCCAAAACGCGCGUGUGCUAUUGGAAUCAUUGUUUGUUGCUCCUCCUGUGCGCUGUGUAGUGUCGGUAUAUGAUGGUGAACCGAGGCCUAUCAGCGACGGUGUUGCUAGCAGCGCUGCUAACCGUUUUGCUUCAGACAAAUGAUGUGCAUUCCAUCGUCGGAGGUCAUACAACGCUGCCGGGCGAGGCGCCAUACAUCGUUUCGAUACGAUCGGUUUCCGGUUCCUCACACCUGUGUGCUGGUGUACUUAUUAAAACGAACUGGGUCCUAACAACUGCCCGUUGUACCGGCGACCUGACGCAGGCCGAUCUCGUCGUGCUCGCUGGUUCUCAACGUCUACUGACGAACAAGAAACCGUUACCGAUUAGCACCAUAGUACGCCAUCCGUCCUACAGUGGAACAACUGGAGCACACAAUUUGGCGCUCUUACAGCUCGUAGCUCCAAUAACCGUGUCAUCGCGCUUGGGAACAAUCGAGUUGAACGAUGCCGCAGUUGUAACAGGAGCAGUUACCGCCUUCUAUGGUUGGGGAGCCCUGCGUUACGGAACCACCAGUUACUCAAAUGAAUUGCAGACACUCUACCAACGUGCCCUUUCGACAACUGAUUGUCGGACACGGCUCACGAGUCUUGUAGAAGGAGACAUAUGCGCAAUCAUACAGCCAGGCCAGGCAGCUUGUACGAGAGAUGAAGGAGGGCCAUUGGUCCUUCAGGGUACCAAGAAACUGAUGGGUGUCUUUAGCUACGGUACGCAGUGCAGUGGUGUGGUGCCAGAUGUGUUUGUCGACGUUCAAUCGCACAGUGCAUGGAUCGCCCAAACAGCAGUUUAAGUUGAGUUUUCCAAUGAACUAAAAAACAACAUAAGAAAAAAUAUGCUUUUAGUACACAGAAAGGGGAGGAGAACAAUUAAUAUAGUCAUUAUCGCAGACAUUAUCUGUCAAGUAAAUGCAAUUUCCAGCAGCAUGUGUCUCCGGUGGAGAAAUUGGUUCGUUUUCCCUUCGCGAAGCUCUGAUCAUAAAUAGUUUAAAAACUAUAACUGGUGUUUUAGAACAAAGAGAUUAUUAAAUUGUAUAUAAGCAGACAAAAAUAUAUUCCAUAUUGUGUAUCGUA